AACUCUUCCGGAUCGCAUCAUGCCUCCAUUCCAUUUCUGUUUCUGAACGUGUAAACGUGUAAAUUAACAAUCCUUUGUACAUGAAUAAUCAAAUUUUGUUUUUAAAAAUGUAUUUAGCGUGUAUUUUUGUUUUGGCAUAUGGAAUUAGUUUUUGUUCCGCAAAUACUGAAGGCCAGCUUCUAGAAUUAGAGGUUUUUGUUCAAAGUCAGUUUGCAGAAAACGAAAACAUGAAAAGUCGCGUUGCAGAGCUGGAGGGUGAGGUUGCGACUCUCGUUGCAGAAAACUUAGAAGAAGAAUUCGAAACGAAAAGUGGAGAGUUAAAGGGAGUUGAGACAAUGGCCGAGAAAGAAGAGCUUCCAAAAUCUGAGCAUAACGGUUUUUCAGGGCAUUUAUUUACACGUGCUGCUGGUAGCAGUUGGGCUUUCCAUGCAUACCGAAGCAGAAACAGGUGUUACAACAGCUAUGAAACUAUCGAAUUCGAUGUAGAAACCAUAGAUAACGUCGGUAUGUAUGAUCCGAGAGAUGGAAUAGCCGAACCACCAGUUUCCGGUGUAUACGUGUUUACGUGGACAGUCGCCGCGCCACACCAGACUAAAUUUGCGACUGAGCUAGUCAUAGAUGGCAGAAUGGCAGGUGUGAUCACAACAGACUCUGAUGCCACCCAAAGCUCGGGUUCUGGGACACAUCCAGCGACGGCGGUGGUUGUAGCUCAAGUAAAUGCGGGAAGUCAUUGCUACAUUCGCAUGCGUUCCGGCACUGGUGACUGCGCAAAUGUUCUAAGCGAUGACAAUAUAGUUCGUACCACAUUUUCAAGCUGGCAGCUGUUCUGAAUUGUUUGUUUUACUAUAACAAAAGCAGUAUAAAGCUGUAUUAAACUAUUAAAACUA